AUGUCUCUUAAGAAAACCGCCACCCCCGCCAAAAACACCGACGAUCGAACAGGCAGAGUAACUACCGCCCGGCCGCCGCUGGCUCCAGUCCGCCGCCAUUAUUCUUUAUUCGCAGCGAACGGCGGCGAGGUUGUGGGGCUCGGGACGGAGACUCCAUCUUUGCCGCGGCCCCUCCUGCGAGGAGGAAAGGCCCGGAGCGCGAGGUGUCCGGCGCCUCCCCGUCCCCCCUCGGUCCCCCCGGCUCUCUCGGGCUCCUGCCUCCUCCUCCUGCUCCUCUUACCGGUGGUACAAGCUCCUCCGUCACUGCUUUCGUUCGCGGCCCGGAUCUCGCUGGAGUUUUAUUCUCUCCCCCACGUAACACACCGCGUCAAACUACACCUCCGCCGCGUCACUCACCAACACUCCGCUUCUCCCAGCCGCCCGGGCCACAGGCAGCAGCAGCCGCCGCGGACUGAGGAGCCGCAGCCAGGGAGCCAGCCAGCGCCGCCCAGUGCCGAGUGCGCAGCGGCCGCGCACGGAAACAGCCGAGUCCGCCCGGAGGAGCUCGAGCGGCCCCGCCCCCCCGCGCUGGAGGCGGAACUUGCCGAAGCUCUUCGGUUUCCUUCGGGCGAGGCGCAGGGGUUCUCCCGGGAGUGGGAAGGCGAAGGUGGGCUGGGACCCGCGUGGGCGGGGAGGAGUGAUCUAAGCCCCAUCGUUUUGGCGGCUAAAACCCGGCGGCGGCGGAAACCUGAAGGAGGAAGUGGGGCUGGUGUGUGGCCGGCUGGGGAAAUCCAGGGGGGUGUGGACGACUGCAUGGAAACUCCCGCGCGGGUCGGGCCCGGCGGCGUCCUCUUUCAUAAUCGUCUUUCUGCCCUUUGAGAAGCAAACCUGUCUUAGGAAGCAGACCGAGAUGGUACAAGGCUGAGCUCCGCCCCUUAUUGGCUUCCUGUAAGAAACAGUUGCCCUUCUUGGUUCUCGUGAUCGAUCACCUGCUGCUUUCUCAGGGACUUGGGCCAAAGAAUAGCCACCUUUCCUUCUGUUAUUCAACCUUUGCUAGUCUACCGGCUUCCCCGCCUAGUAUAUCAAUGUGCCGGCCUGGCUGAGUGGUUUAGCAUCGACCUAUGAACCAGAAGGUCAUGGGUUCGAUUCCUGGUCAAGGCACAUGCCCUGGUUGUAGGCUCCAUCCCCAGUGUGGGGCAUG